GAGAUGUCACCAAUCUGAGCUUGCUUGCCCCCAUGUGUGCCGAAGGGAUUGAUGCAGGUUCCAUUGCAGCUGGAGUGGCUUGUCAGCCCUACAGCCGACUUGGGGACCAAAAAGCAGAGCAGGAUUCACGUCCGCUCCCAUUGAUUGCCCACCUUUUGGAUCGUUUCAAGACAUGCAAUGAUGAAGACACCCGUCAACUUGCCCUUGACCUUUAUGAGUUGGGCCGCUUUGGACAUUUUGGUUUUGACACCAACAUGCUCAUGUGGAAUGGCCAGAUGCAGAGCAUUGAUGAUCAUCCAGCUGCAGACAUUAACAAGACCGAUGCCGGAGCCUCACAGGCCAUCGAGAGUCAGCUACCGGCCCUGACACCAUCCGAGCCUUUGUGUACAGUUGCCUCAGCCGACGCGUCCGAGCAUCCGCCAUGUUUACCUGACCCUGUACAUAGUGCAUCCGUCACCGUUUCCAUGCCAUCAGUCUGUACAGUUGAGCCUGCGAUGCCCCAUCAGACAAUUCCAAUUGACGAGACCAGUUUCGCCAGUGUCAUGCCUGAUCCAUCUGCCACGUUGCCUCGACAUGAACCUGAUGCAGCCGCCGCGUGUCCUGUCAUUAGGUCCGAGUCUGGUGUCCCAUGUCCUGUCCCGCCCGUGCCCUCUGCAGCAGGGAAAACUGAUGCAAGUGAUGAAACGCCGACACCAGGUUUGUCUCUGUCCGUUGUCACUGCCACAGUCGAUGCAGCCGCAUCCCCACAUGUUGCAACCGCACAGGUCACAGAUAUCACCGGUCCGAGCAUUGAUGAUCAUCCAGCUGCAGACAUGAACAAGACCGAUGCCGGAGCCUCACAGGCCAUCGAGAGUCAGCUACCGGCCCUGACACCAGCCGAGCCUUUGUGUACAGCUGCAUCAGCCGACGCAUCCGAGCAUCCGCCACGUUUGCCUGACCCUGUACAUAGUGCAUCCGUCACCGUUUCCAUGCCAUCAGUCUGUACAGUUGAGCCUGCGAUGCCCCAUCCGACAAUUCCAAUUGACGAGACCAGUUUCGCCAGUGUCAUGUCUGAUCCAUCUGUCACGUUGCCUCGACAUGAACCUGAUGCAGCCGCCACGUGUCCUGUCAUUAGGUCCGAGUCUGGUGUCCCAUGUCCUGUUCCGCCCGUGCCCUCUGCAGCAGGGAACACUGAUGCAAGUGAUGAAACCCCGACACCUUGUUUGUCCCUGUCCGUUGUCACUGCCACAGUCGAUGCAGCCGCAUCCCCACAUGUUGCAGCCGCACACGUCACAGAUGUCACCAGUCCGUGCCUUGUAGAUGUCCAUGCCAUGUCCUCACAGGUCGCUACUGGUCACGUCGCUGUCGUACCCAAUUGUCCGGCAGGUACCAGGAAGUCCAACACGCAGACCAUCAGAGAAUCAGCAUGCACCUCGGCCAGAAGCAUUGAUGAUCAUCCAGCUGCAGACAUGAACAAGACCGAUGCCGGAGCCUCACAGGCCAUCGAGAGUCAGCUACCGGCCCUGACACCAGCCGAGCCUUUGUGUACAAUUGCCUCAGCCGACGCAUCCGAGCAUCCGCCAUGUUUGCCUGACCCUGUACAUAGUGCAUCCGUCACCGUUUCCAUGCCAUCAGUCUGUGCAGUUGAGCCUGCGAUGCCCCAUCAGACAAUUCCAAUUGACGAGACCAGUUUCGCCAGUGUCAUGCCUGAUCCAUCUGUCACGUUGCCUCGACAUGAACCUGAUGCAGCCGCCACGUGUCCUGUCAUUAGGUCCGAGUCUGGUGUCCCAUGUCCUGUCCCGCCCGUGCCCUCUGCAGCAGGAACUGAUGCAAGUGAUGAAACGCCGACACCAGGUUUGUCUCCGUCCGUUGUCACUGCCACAGUCGAUGCAGCCGCAUCCCCACAUGUUGCAACCGCACACGUCACAGAUGUCACCAGUCCGUGCCUUGUUGAUGUCCAUGCCAUGUCCUCACAGGUCGCUACUGGUCACGUCGCUAUCGUACCCAAUUGUCAGGAAGGUACCAGGAUGUCCAACACGCAGACCAUCAGAGAAUCAGCAUGCACCUCGGCCAGGAGCAUUGAUGAUCACCCAGCUGCAGACAAGAACAAGACCGAUGCCGGAGCCUCACAGGCCAUCGAGAGUCAGCUACCGGCCCUGACACCAGCCGAGCCUUUGUGUACAGUUGCCUCAGCCGACGCAUCCGAGCAUCCGCCACGUUUGCCUGACCCUGUACAUAGUGCAUCCGUCACCGUUUCCAUGCCAUCAGUCUGUACAGUUGAGCCUGCGAUGCCCCAUCAGACAAUUCCAAUUGACGAGACAAGUUUCGCCAGUGCCAUAUCUGAUCCACCUGCCAUGUUGCCUCGGCAUGAACCUGAUGCAGCCGCCGCGUGUCCUGUCAUUAGGUCCGAGUCUGGUGUCCCAUGUCCUGUUCCGCCCGUGCCCUCUGCAGCAGGGAAAACUGAUGCAAGUGAUGAAACGCCGACACCAUGUUUGUCCCUGUCCGUUGUCACUGCCACAGUCGAUGCAGCCGCAUCCCCACAUGUUGCAGCCGCACACGUCACAGAUGUCACCAGUCCGUGCCUUGUUGAUGUCCAUGCCAUGUCCUCACAGGUCGUUACUGGUCACGUAGGUCAGCACCAACUCCAAGCACUCACUGCCCAGGCCUUGGAUUUUGAUGUCUGUGCCGACACCACAGCAGCAGAUGAGCCAACCUGUCCAUCGGCCUUUCCUUGGCCUCUGCGGGAUUCAGUGCAAUCGCCCCAGACCAUUGCACCCACCCCAGUUGCCGAGUCCGGUAAGCGACCACAUGAAUCAUUCCAGCAAGCCAACUCUUCAGGAGGGGUCUGUGGAUUUGAAACCCCACGGCCAGCCAAGAAAGCCAAAGCGGAGUCUUCGACGCCUGCGUCCAGCCCAGCACCUGUCAGAUCGUUUGAGCCUGCGUUGGCAUGCCCAACCAAUGGAGCAUGGUCCCCAGCAGCAUCUUCUGACAAAGAUUCUGCCAGUGGCACAAACAUCAAUAUCAUGGUCCUCAGGGAUGGAGCUCAGUUGCCAUGCGUUGUCAGUGUCUCAGAAGGUACUGAAGUUGGCCAGCUACUCAGAGCAGAAAAGUUUGACUUGGAGGGGACGCCUGAUCUGCAUGCGAGUUCAUGGCUCAACACACCCAUCCCAUUGAUGCUCCCGUUGGAAGAUAAACAGGUAAUCUUUGUGCGUGAGCAGCUUCAACUUUGGAACCAGUGUCCAUUCACAGACUCAGCAGCCGUAUGCCGCCCAGACCUUAGCCUGCCCAGCCCUCGUAUUGAGGCUUUGUACCGCCAGCAAGCAUGGGUGGCUAGGGAUGAAAUGGAAUACUAUUUGAGUGCUACAUCCUUUGAUCACAUGGCGACAGCAUUUCCUCCUGCCUGCUAUCACAAUGAAAUUGCAGUGAAAGAUGAAGCGCACGAAACAGCUUGGCACACUGCCCACCACCUGGACUUAGGUGGCGCCAGGCCGGACAAUGGCGAAGUCCACCAGUUGACAGAACUGCUCACCACGCAUGGAGUUUGGCCGGAACGAUCUCAAGAAAGAGCAGCCCAGAUAGUAGCCAAGAUCUCUCCGGCAAUCCUUGCCAACAUUCUUGCGUCUCCAAGACCAUGGCAGGACUUGAAAGCAGCAGCGAACAAUAUGAAACCUCAACUCAGAUUGAUCAUGGCUGACGAGCUCAAUGCCCAAAUUGCCAACCGAACAUCCCAACGCAAGUAUGGCAGAAAGAGUGACCGCCAAACAGCCAGGAAACCAGAUGCUACCAAAGAGGUGCCAUCAGUUCAAGCCAGUGAAUUGCAAGUCCCACAUGGCGUCUUCCGACAACAAGAUGGCACGGUCCUCAGUUCCUUGCAUGUCAAUGAAGUUGGUCCCCAAGCCAGUGGCGUCCUUUUGCUUGACCAAGAAGACUGUGAAGCCACAUUGCGUCUUCCCCAACCGGUCUCCAAAGGCGGUUUGGCAGUGAUUGUCCUGGCGACGAAGCACAACGCCAACAUGCAUCAGAUGCCACUUAUCCGGUUUCCAGCUAUGUGCUUGUCUACCCAGGAGCCUCUCAUCACUGCAGGAUACAUGUAUCAACUGGGGUCCCAACAGGUUAUUCGACAUGACCCCCCUACGAAGCUUGCGGUAGAAGAGCAACCGACUGAGGUUGUCAGAUGUGUCGUAUUCAGAGAUCAAGCCAUGCCGCUUUGGGAUUCCAUGCUGCUGCAACCGGUGAAACAUAUUUUCCAAGCUGAACCGCUCCUCACCCCCACACCUGGUGAAGAUUCAGUUGUGAUAGAUGUUUGGGACAGGCAAUGGGUCACAAAGAAAUAUGAGAAGGUCAGACCCACCAACGCUGACAUGUUUCUCUGCAGCAUUCGAAUGCAAGCAUCCCAGGCCGAAACCUUGUUGACCAAGUCAGGGCAGAAUGGGGUUUACUGGGAACCAAGGUCGCACUGUGGCAGAUACCCCAAUGACAGCUACCAUGUCACCUGGCUCCAAAAAAUGACCCUGCAGGAUGCCAAAUAUGCACAGCAGACGUCGCCUCAAACCACCACUUUGGUGCGACACGGGGAUCGCUAUGGGCUCCGGAGUGACACCAUGGUUGCCCAAGAAAUCCACUCCAAGCAUCGUCCCGACACACCGUUGCUGCUUGGCCAAAACAAGCUCCUUUUCACUGUGGGGCCAUUGCCAUAUAGCACCACCAAAACGGCACUGAUGAAGAUCCUGAAAGCCUGGGACUGGGAUGCGCGCCCUCUCCAGCCCAAAGGGAGAGCCCCUGAUGGCUCCGGCAUCACAUGGAUUGUUCAGGCAGUUGAGCCACCAACACACCUUGUUUAUGCUUUGCAGCAUGGAGAUGUCUUAGUUGCUCGCGUCCAAGAUGCCAAGCCACAAGCCAAACCGGAGAAAGGUCCAGCUCCAAAUUCCGGACAGCCAGCCAAACAGCAACCCAGUUCCCAUGUAUCGCCCACUGCCAUGCAACUUGACAAGUUGGAAGCCUCCUUGGAAAGCAAGAUCAUCCGAAAGCUGACCAAACAGGCCAUGCAAAGUGGCACUGAUGCCAAAGUAUCCCAACUGCAACAACACGUCGAGCAGCAGAGCAAAUGCCUAGGCAACAUGAAUCCCACCGGGCUGAUGGGCAAGGCUCGUGACUUGUCCGCUUUGCCGAAAGGCAGAUGCUUGGCAGCUACUGCCUUUGUCAACCAGCGAUGGCUGACCAUGGGUACCGUCUAUGGCUACAAUGAGAAGUCCCACACGGUUGAAGUCCAACAGCAUACAGGUGACCUUCUGCACGGUUUGACCACCAGAAUCGUGGAUGGCGCAAGAGGUCUUCGUUGUAUUUCAGGGGAUUGGAACCUUGACCGCAACAAUAUCCCCCAAGCAUCAUACUGGGAGGCACAAGGGUGGAUGGAGGCUCAAACCUUUGCUUGCCGCAGGUGGUCCACACCCAUUGGUGCCACUUGCAAACAUACCACAGUCAAGGACUUCAUGUUCCUGUCUCCCGAAGUGUUACCAUAUGUCACUGCCGUAGAGUUGGACUGGUCUUGUUUUGCUGAUCACGCCGUCCUGUUGGUAUAUCUUUCAGAUUUGGCAGCCCCGCCACUUGUUCCGAUGUGGCGCAAGCCGUCCCAAUUUGAGUGGCCCAAUCAACAACAAUGUAAGCAAGUGGAUUGGCCCUUUCAUGCAGCACAGUCUCAGGACAUGGAUGCUUGGUAUGCCAACAUUUGGAAGAACGUUGAACGCUACGCAGACAAAUCCAUGCAUGCUACUCAGCGCCGAGUCGAGGACCCCUUGCUGAUCUACAGAGACCUCCAAAGGGAAAGGGCCGAACCAGUGCAGACCAUUGUCCAGACCCAAGAAAUACCGGUAGUCUCAAGCCAAGAUGUUCACCAGACAGAGAAGGUUGAGCUCCACCUUGCAGAUGCCCUCAACUCCGUCCGAGCACUGGAGGAAUUUUGUUCACUUUUGGACUUAGAGACUGACCGAAUCUUGCACCAGACCCAAGAGCUGCGGCACACCAUGCAAGGGUUGGCUGAUGCUGAUGUGCGACGUACACUUCAAGCCUACCAUGCAUUACCACAGGAACACCAAGGUCUGAUGCGAUGCUGCCUAAACGGUACGCAGUUUACAAAUGACGUUUUGCACAAGGCGGGCAUUACGGAUACUGACUGUUGCAAGUUUUGCGGCCAGACUGACAGCCAGCUCCACAGACAUUGGGAGUGCCCUUUCUUUGCUGAUUUACGCCCAGAGAAUGUAAUUCACUGCAAAGAGCAGAUGCCUUUGAGCUUCCUAUGCCAUGGCUGGUUGCCACGGACAUCAGCCGCCGUUGACCUCGUUAGCCAUUUGUUUCAUUUGCCUGACACCACAACAGAAUUUUUCCACGCACCAAAUCCCGUGCAACUGCGCUUUUUAGAUCUGUUUUUGGAUGGGAGCUGCAUCAUGCCUGCAGUUUCAGAAUGCAGACUGGCGUCCUGGGGCUUUGUUCAAUGGACCGGUGAAGAAUUCUGGCCAGUCGCAAAUGGAGCAGUGCCAGGCUGGCGACAAACCAGCUUGAGAGGUGAACUUACAGCGGCGAUUUCGGCACUUAAAUUUGUCACUUUCAAGGAGCAACCCUCACGAUUGUGGUUUGACAAUUCCAACGUUCAAGACACGUUACACCACUGGCUUCAAGGGGUUGACACAGAUUGGAGGGAUAAGACAGAUCAAGACCUCUGGCAACACUUGCAUGAUCAGUUUCAACAUGCUAGGCCUUUUUUGACUGCAGUUUAUAAAGUUCAAGCACACGCUGACCCGGCAUGCCAGGACACAGCGCUGGAUGAGUGGACAGUUUUGGGAAACACAGCGGCAGAUUGGUGCGCGCGCAGUGCACGUCUCCAUUUCCCAAGGUGUUUGUGGGACGCUUGGGAAGCCACUGUUGACCAUGUUGCUCAUUCAAAUCAGCUUGGCCUCAAGGUACACCAAAUGUUUGUACAGAUUGCUUUGCGUGCGCGUAACUGUACUCUUGCAGAUGAACCCUUACCACCGAAGGGAAUUUCCAUGGACACACCCACAGCCACUGUUGAUGCGGGACUUCUGGCGCUGGCCAAGUGCUCGGAGUCCGACUUGCCAGCCAAGUUGCAGACUGCAGAAACUCCACAUGUUUUGCAGUGGAUCCGUAACCUUCUAGCGAAUGACCAUGCAGUCAUUUGGGUGACUUUCCACCAAUUGUUGCUCAGCUACCAAGGAGGCACGGGUCGACUUGGACCGUACACCACUGGACGUUUAUGGACCGAACGACCUCUGGAUUCCAUGUAUGAAUAUAAGCAACAGGUACAGUGGUUUGUCAGGUUUUUGAUGAGUUUAGCCAAAGCCGUAGGUGCUGCAUUAGAAGUUGAUCAGCGACGUCCUUCAUCACAUGUGCUGACAUUUUGGUGCGGCUGCCUGCAAGUGCCCAUGGCUGCAACAGAACUGGCUGCCAUUGAUGACUUCUACAAAGAGCAUGCCACCAAUCUACCUGCGAGACAGAUUGGUCGCGACCUUGGUAAGGUGGUUUCACUGGGCGAGCAAUCGACUCUGUCCUCAGAGCGAUUGCUUCCGAUGAAAGAGAGAAAGAGAGG